AAUUGAGGCGCGAAUACCAUGUCGCAUUCGAUCGCCUCGUCAAGGGCCCUUCAGGGCGCCCUGCGGAAUCUUCCCGCGCAGCAGUGCCGAAGAUGCUUCUCGAGCGGCGCAUUCCAGCCGAAGCAGCUCCGGCCGGUGCUCCCACCAUCGCCGGUCCAGUCCAGACAGCCGAUUACACAGAAGCGAACGAAAUACAAGACUAUCGAGCAAGCCAAGAGCCGGUAUAGCACAGGGCCUUUUUCGUUGAAAGCGGCCGUCUUGUUUGUUGUUACGUGUGGUGGACUGGUGUGGUACUUUGAGCAUGAGAAGGAGCGCAUGCAGCGAAAGAGAAUAGCAGAGGCAACCAAGGGCGUCGGUCGCCCCAAGGUUGGGGGAUCCUUUGAGCUGACGGAUCAGAAUGGCAAGACGUUUACUAGCGAGAUGAUGAAGGGCAAGCACUCAUUGGUCUACUUUGGGUUCACGCGCUGCCCCGACAUCUGCCCCGAAGAGCUCGACAAGAUGGCCCGCAUGCUGGACAUUGUCGAUGCCAAGAUCCCCAACAACGAACUCCUGCCCAUCUUUGUGACGUGCGACCCGGCCCGCGACGAUCCCCCAGCGCUCAAAAGCUACCUUGCCGAGUUCCACCCCAAGUUUAUUGGCCUGACGGGCACAUACGACCAAAUCAAGGAUCUGUGCAAGAAGUACCGGGUGUAUUUCAGCACGCCGCGAGAUGUGAAGCCCGGACAAGACUAUCUGGUCGACCACAGCAUAUACUUUUACCUGAUGGACCCUGAAGGCGACUUUGUGGAGGCGCUGGGGCGACAGCACUCGCCAGAACAGGCGGCACAGGUGAUUGCUGACCAUUUAAAGGAUUGGAAGAACAGCCACUAAGCUGUCACUGCUGCGGAGAUGAGAAGCGCAAUAUACUAUGUAAAACGACGACUUGUUUGUAACAGUAGUGUACCACUAGGCUAUAGAAGGGAUGUCCACCAAGCAAUGAACCACUC